GCAUCACGCCGGACAAACUAACCACAGCCAGAGUAACCGUCAAGAUGGUCGCCGCCAAGAAGCACGUCCCCAUCGUCAAGAAGCACAAGGCUUCUUUCAACCGUCACCAGAGUGACCGGUUCGACCGUGUCGGUGCCAGCUGGAGAAAGCCCAAGGGUAUCGAUGGCCGUGUCCGCAGACGCUUCCGCGGUACCAUCCGUAUGCCCAAGAUCGGCUACGGCUCCAACAAGAAGACCCGUUUCUUGACUCCCUCCGGCCACAAGGCUUUCCUCGUCAACAACGUCAAGGACCUUGAGCUGCUGUUGAUGCACAACCGAACCCACGCUGCCGAGAUCGCCAGCGCCGUCUCAUCCCGAAAGCGAAUUGACAUCAUCUCCCGCGCCAAGCAGAUCGGUGUCAAGGUCACAAACGCCAAGGCCAAGGUCACCACCGAGGUCUAAAUGGAUUAAAGUAUGUGUACGAGGAUUUGCGAGUGGGAGUCGGGUUAUUUCUUCGGAUCAUCGGGUGUGUGGAUGGGACGAUAGAAUAAAAAUAAAGCAUUUACAGCACACACACACAACAAUGGAGAACAAAAAAAAAUUGAACAAAGUCUACAAAAGCGCGAUUUUUUUUUUACAAGUUUCUCCGGGUUUAUCGGUUUAUCAUAUCUCUGGAAAGGGAAAGGGGGCGCCUGCGGUCUUUUGGGGCUGCUGUCUUUAUUUUUAUUUCGCAAGAGGUGCUACGGUUUGCUUUUUUUUGGCCAUGCGUGCGUGCAUGCUGCAUACGGCUGGAGAGAGAAGACGGCCUCGGGCAUUUCCAUGUAUUGUCGAUUGCUAGGGAAAUAUGACGCACCGUUGACGAAUGACGAUUUGAUACCUGAA